GAAAAAUGUCCAAUAAGCCGGUUAUCUGCUUUGAUACAUCUAAAAAUGAGCGCUUUCAAAUAUCAGACAAUUAUAAAAUGCUGCACCGCAAGUUAAAGGUCAACUGGAGUGUCGAGCAAAACGAUGCGGAGCUAAGGAAGGAGCGACUCGCAAGAGUGAAAGUAUUUGUACUGGCAGGACCUCAGGAUCGGUUCACCGAGGACGAGUUCGAGGUACUGAAACACUACGUGGAGGUGCAAGGAGGCAGUCUGUUGGUGCUCCUUGGAGAAGGCGGAGAGGCGGAGUUCAACACCAACGUGAAUUUCUUCUUGGAGCAGUACGGAAUCUACAUCAACGGGGAUAAUGUGGUGCGUCCGCACUACUACAGGAACUUCCAUCCCAAGGAAUGCAUCGUGGGAGGCGGAGUUGUCUGCGAGUCCAUGUGGCGCCACCUCCUCAAGUUGGACAUCGAAAAGGUGGACUACGACUUCAGCGACGAGAAGUACAAGAUACACUUUCAGUAUCCAUAUGGAGCCACUCUGAACGUGUCUGAGCCUGCGAAUGUCCUGCUGACCACGGGACCCGUUGUCUAUCCCUUCAAUCGCCCCUUAGCGGGAUACUAUGCAAACGGAAAAGGUGGAAAGAUCCUAGCUUUGGGAUCAGGCUACAUUUGGCACGAUAAGUACCUUCAGGACAAGACCAACGACGCCAUAUUCGAGUACUUGCUGAAGCUGCUGGGAGGCGACGAGAUUAGCUACAGUCAUUUGGAUUUCAAUGACGUAGAGCUCAGCGACAACAAGCACUUCACCGACCUGGCGUUUCUGGCCGAUAUGCCCAAGGCCUGUCUGAUCGACUCGAUCGGAACCGAGAUGCCCACGGACUUCAAGCAAAUGUUCGAUAUGAAGCUCUGUGCGCUGAGCAAUCAUCUCCUGAAAGAGGUCAUCGAUGCCUACGAGCAACUGCACGUGAAGUACGAGCCACUGAGGAUCAUCAAGCCGCAGUUCGAGAUCCCGCUGCCCAACCUCCAGCUGGCCACCUUUCCGCCGAUCUUCAGCGAGCCCGCUCCGCCGCUGGAGCUGUACGACCUGGACGAGACCUUCAGCGGAGCCCGGUCCCAGCUGGCCCACAUGACCGGACAGUGUCUCCAGGCGCUGAAGUCCAAGGAGCCCCAGAGGAGGGCGCUCAACCAGCGGGAGCUGGAGAACUACGUGAAGGAGUGCGCCAGGAUAACGGCCAUCGUGGACGAGCGCCAGGAUAUGGCAGCUCGGGAGAUACUGAACAUUGUGGCCCGUCAGAUCGUCAGCUACAGACCUUAUGCGGAGGACUAGGUUGCUCCGGUUACCGCAUUCCUGUCAGCGCUUUUCGGGCCAAUCAGCACAAUCAGAAUUAUGUGAAUAUAAAAUUAAAAAUUGAA